CAGUUAUCUCUGAGUAGUAGCUCUCGCUCUACUAUCGAUGUCGUCGUCGAGCGCUGUUAAGGUUCAUAGCUCAUACCUACAUAUCGCUUCUUUCUUCAAAUGUAGUAUCAAUGGAGGUCUGAUCUGAUAACUUUAUUAUCUCGUUCAACGCGGGAAGCCUCUCAAGACGCACAAAGCCAUGGAAAUGAAUUGCACGACUGGCGAAAACACCAAGCCCUUCUCUUGCCCCGCUUGUCCAAGUCGCUUUACAAGACAAGAAAAUCUUAAUCGCCAUACUGCGUCAGUUCAUAGAAAAUCAAACAGAAGGCCAUUUCCUUGUCCGCAGUGCGACGUAAGCUUCUCGAGAAGCGAUCUCAGGAAAAGACAUAUUAGAAAAGCCCAUGGACAGCAAGUUGCAGCGGAGCAAACAUCUCAAAAUGGCGCUCACCAAACGGAAUUCAUGUCACCAAGUCAAGGGAACUUGCAACCCGCACAAUUAUGCCAAAUAGACCCGACGGCUGUUGGCGAGAAGUCGUAUUCACAAACUCCAAGGGGAGAUACUACUUUGACUCCAGCCUCAGAUGUAUUCUCACUACAGAACAUCUCAUGGUUGUUUAGACUUCCGCAAUUCGUGACGGCUUUUUUCGAGAGGUUUUAUCCUUCUUUUCCAGCGAUACAUCAACCAACUUUCGACGUAACUAUCGCUAAAGAGCCGAUGUUGCAAGCCGUUGCUUGCGUCGGGGCGAUGUAUCACUCACCCGGUAGUAACUAUAACAUUAGUUUAGCCCUAUUUGAAGCUGGUCUUCGAUCCCUAGACAAAUAUGUCCGCGAAGAUCGUUCUCGAUUUAGAGAGAUUUGGGUCACUCAAGCAUACCUUCUUUUUGAAUAUUUUGCUUUCUAUAGCUGUCGAGACGAUCUGUUCCCCACCGCAAUUAGAAUCCAUCGUAGAGUUGUCGAUUCCGCCAGGCAAUACCAGUUACUACAAGAUGGAUCACUAUCGGGGGGCUAUGGCAGUGGGUUAUCGCCAGCUCAGAACGAUAUUCACGUUACCUCACCAUCCUCCGAACAAGCCUGGAAGCAGUUCAUUGAAAGUGAAUCAAGAAAGCGUACCAUGUAUUGCCUGUACUAUCUCGAUGCCCAACUUUCAGUUUGUUGCAACGUAAGACCGUUGCUUACGGCUCUCGAGGUCAAAUAUGAAUUGCCAUGUAGAGAUGAUGUUUGGUCUGCUCCCACGGAAACCGCAUGGAGUAUGCUCACGCAAGCGCCGGAGUUCUCAUUUAACGAAGAAGAUGAUGUUGACGCAAACGGCGAGCCCCGACCCGCACACGGGGACCUUUACGAAACCCUAAUGCACCUGAUGAACCCAGAUCCGACAGCCCGUCCACUCGGACUACUUUGGUAUUCAUCAUUCGCCUCUCUCAUGCUGGUCAUCCAAAUUUUAAUGAUGACUCGAGAGUUGACCCUAGGUAGUACUUUUCUGUAUAACAAUGUUCGAUGCAAUGACACACGACAUGGCCUGUCCAUCAUCAUGGAGGCCAAUCGAGCGCCGAUUAUGCAGGCGCUCAACAACUUAGCAGAACUGAUGCCCAAGCCUAGUUCCAGAACCUGGCCGAUUGUAGCCGGUAGUGAUCCUAUAAUUGCUCACACGGGCGCGGCUCUUUGGCAUCCUGUGUGGAUGGCUUGGUACUACACCGUAAUCUCCUUAACACACCAAGAUGCGCUGCUUACGAGCGGAAUCGUGGAGUAUAGUCUGCCCACGGCUAUUUCAACUGCUUGGGAGCUAGGCAAACCUCGCGCCAAGGCGCAUCGUGAUAUCUACGAGGACCGUGACGUCGUGCGCGUAGCGGAUAACCUCGAAUACGUUAUUAAUAUAUUGACAACACCUCCUAUGGGAUCCGUGAUGCGAGACUCCAUAGGGACCACUAACGGCUCCCCAUGCAUUGAGGACCCAUUUGUAACUAUGCUCGGCUUCAAAGCCUGCAUGAUGGGAUGGCGUGUCAUACGGCUUAUGGUCUUGGGACUAGAGCAACCACUCAUCCACGGUUCGGAGAUCUUGCGGCCGAACAUAUACUCGGUGUCAGCUCAAGUCGUCCUCGCGAAGGUCAUGGAAGCGUUAAGCACAGGAUGCGGCGGUUCACCGCAGGGGUUUGAGAAAGGUCCGUUCAACGAUGUAUACCGUGACGAACUUGGGACUAUUAGCGCUACCGAAGCGAAAUAUCUGGAAUGGAUGGAACGGACUUUCGCUAUGAGGGAUGUUUGGCCCUUAGGAGAAUGGGUGGUUGCAGUAUUCAACGAAACCCGAGAGGAGGGAACAUGAUAGUGGGGAUUGACGAUGCCAGAAGCAUGUGCCUCUCUCUAUUUGAAUCUUAGAUCCUAGCGUCUUUUUAUGAAUCCUUGAAAUCUUUCAACGACAUGUAGUGAGGAAAGUUUUCGUUGCUAGAGUUUAAUAAACACAGGCAUAAGAACUUGAGCCCUAAGGCAUGAGAGCCCAUGAUAAGAAGAAAUAUGAUAUGUAG